UCAACAAGAAGGCUCAGGUCAGCUAUGGCUAUCAAGGUCUACACAGGUAACUGGGCAGCAGGAGAUAGUAACAGGUCACAUUUGGGGGAAAUUCUGAAAAGAAAGGGCAGGGAUGGUGGGUUCAUGGAGGAGCGAGCUUUGCAGUGUGCUGGACCUCAGAGAAUGGGAGGUCGGCGCCGGAAACACAUCAGUGUGUGUGCGAAGUAGAACAGGUGGCCGACGGGGUUGGAGAUGAGUGCUGUAGAUAGACUGGCGGGUUCUGAGGCCAGUGAGGUCCACUUUGAGCGACAUGUUAAGUGUGUGCAAACAAGGCUGACAGAGCUGAGGAGUGACUUGGGUCUCUGGCUGCCAGUUACACAUUCCAGUUUGAAUCCACGAUCAACAUGGCUGUCUCCUGCUCGCCUUCUCACACCCACAUAUACUGAGCAGUCCCAGCUAGCUGACUUCAUGUGAAAGAUGGCCAAUGCGGAAGUGAGCGUCCCAGUGGGAGAUGUGGUUGUGGUUCCCACUGAAGGAAAUGAAGGCGAAAACCCAGAAGACACUAAAACUCAGGUGAUCCUGCAGUUACAGCCUGUGCAGCAAGGGAUUUAUGAAGCCGGGUCAGAGAACAGUGCGGCAGUUGUAGCUGUAGAGACGCACACGAUACACAAGAUCGAAGAAGGAAUUGACACAGGCAGUAUAGAAGCAGACGAGGCUAUGGAGAUUGCUUAUCCUAUCACCUGUGGCGAGAGCAAAGCCGUCCUCCUCUGGAAGAAGUUCGUGUGUCCAGGAAUAAAUGUGAAGUGUGUCAAGUUCAAUGAUCAGUUGAUCAGCCCCAAGCAUUUUGUUCACCUGGCUGGCAAGUCCACCCUGAAGGACUGGAAGAGAGCCAUCCGUCUAGGCGGUAUCAUGCUCAGGAAGAUGAUGGACUCUGGACAGAUCGAUUUUUACCAGCAUGACAAAGUUUGCUCCAAUACCUGCAGGAGCACCAAGUUUGACCUUCUGAUCAGCAGUGCGAGGGCUCCAGUGCCGGGACAGCAGACAAGUGUGGUGCAGACGCCCACCUCGGCCGAUGGGAACAUCACACAGAUUGCCAUCUCAGAGGAGAGCAUGGAAGAGGCAGGGCUGGAGUGGAACUCAGCCCUCACCGCCGCUGUCACCAUGGCCACAGAGGAGGGUAUAAAGAAAGAGUCUGAAGAGAUUUCAGAGGACACGCUGAUGUUCUGGAAGGGGAUAGCUGACGUGGGGCUGAUGGAGGAGGUCGUGUGCAACAUACAGAAGGAACUAGAAGAACUCCUCAGGGGCGUUCAGCCUCGGCUCAUUCACGCUCCUUUCCAGGUCACAGAUGCUGCUGUUCUAAACAAUGUGGCGAACACGUUUGGCCUAAUGGACACUGUCAAGAGAGUUUUGGACAACAGGCGGAAGCAAGUGCAGCAGGGAGAGGAGCAGUUUCUCUACACGCUGGCAGACUUGGAACGGCAGUUGGAGGAGCAAAAAAAGCAAGCCCAAGAUCCCAGACUGAAAUCCCAGACGGUUCAAAACGUGGUGCUGAUGCCCGUGAGCACCCCAAAGCCUCCAAAAAGACCCCGGCUCCAGCGGCCAGCCUCCACCACCGUCCUGAGCCCUUCUCCUGUCCAGCAGCCUCAGUUUACUGUCAUUUCUCCCAUCACCAUCACCCCCGUGGGCCAGUCCUUCUCCAUGGGCAAUAUCCCAGUGGCUACCCUCAGCCAGGGCUCCAGUCCUGUGACUGUCCACACGCUGCCUUCUGGCCCCCAGCUCUUCCGCUACGCCACAGUGGUUUCCUCUGCCAAGAGCAGCUCACCAGACACAGUGACCAUCCACCCUUCGUCAAGUUUGGCACUGCUAAGCUCCACCUCUGUGCAGGAUGGGAGUGCCCUGGGCAGUAUGGCCACCAUGGUGAGCCCCGUGGAGCUGGUGGCCAUGGAGUCUGGCCUGACGUCAGCAAUCCAGGCUGUAGAAAGCACCUCUGAGGAUGGGCAGACCAUCAUCGAGAUCGACCCUGCUCCAGACCCCGAGGCUGACGACACUGACAGCAAAGCAGUCAUCUUGGAGACAGAGCUGAGGACUGAGGAGAAAGUGGUAGCCGAAAUGGAAGACCACCAGCAUCAGGUCCACAAUGUAGAGAUUGUGGUCUUGGAGGACUGACUGGGGAUGGGGCCAAGAGCUGUGUUUUGGUUUGGAAUUUUAAUUAUGUUUAUUUUUAUCAUUGUCCCACUCAUUUCCACAUAGAACCUUUUUUUUAAAAAAAAAAAAAAAGAAAAGAAAAGAAACAAACAAACUACCAAAUCUCAUUGUAACUGAAAAUGUUGGGUUCCUCCUGCUCCCUCACUGACAGAUGGACAGAACAAGCUACCUUUCCAGAAGUUAGGGACAGGCCACCAAGGUCUGAGUCAUCUUCCUCAAGGAAGGUAAUUGCUUUUAGAGGAGGUGUCAAAAUAACCAGGAAUCCUUUCCAGAAUAGUCUGUCUGUCUAUACACGCAUGGUUUCACUCUUGUAAAGAUGCAUUGACCAGACCACGGAACACAGAUCUGACGCCAGAAGACAACCAGCUCUGUACCCUGGAUGUGAUGGCCAGUGCAAAACUCUGAAACAACAGGAAGCUGGCUCUGCUUAGGGCAGGAAGUAGCAGCAGUAGCAGCUUAAAGGGGAAGCCCUUUGACAAGGAGAAGGCAAGAAGUAGUCUUCCAGAGGUGCAUCUGAUGCCCCUCAAGCGCUCUGAGGGUUGGGUGCCAUUUUCAGAAGAGGCCAGAGAUUAUAGAAAGAUACACAGCAAUCAAAAGAUUGUCACAGCUGUGCUUUUGGGAUAGCUCAUCUUGCCCCCAGCCUUGUCAAAGCCCUCAGCCUCUUCACCAAGGAUUAUUAGUCCGUUCCUUUGCAGACUGUGAUGUAGUAUAGAUUGUUGUAGUUCUUGGACUGUGGCUGUCAUAGAGGUGGGGCUCCGAGGCCAGCAUUUUUUGUUUCUUGAUUCCUGGAAUGGCAGAGUCCCUCAUGUAGACCAGCUGCUAUUUUUGGUGGAGCCCUGCAUGCGUGCGUGUGUGUGUGUGUGUGUGUGUGUGUGUGUGUGUGUGUGUGUGACAUGUUUUGGCUUUGGAACCAAAAGCAGUCAUUUACUUGGUGCUUCCCCUCCUUUUACCUGAGUGUGCUGUAUCCCACGCUCUUCAGCGCUCCACAGACAGCAGUGACAGGUGCUGCCUGCCUUCAUUCCUCUUGAGAUUCUCUCCUCUUCGUACCACAGAUGUUGCAGUGAGAUACAGAACUCAUAAAAUGACUUAGGCUUGACAGGGAAGACUGGUAACACCCCCAGCCUUUCCUGAGGUGUGGACUAGAUGUCUCCUGAGUGAGCUGGACUUCCUGGGAAAGACACAUUGUCUAUAUGACAUUGUAAGAAAUUUGACAGGAGGGCUGGAGAGAUGGCUCAGCGGUUAAGAGCACUGACUGCACUUCCAGAGGUCCUGAGUUCAAUUCCCAGCAACCACAUGGUGGCUCACAACCAUCUGUAAUGGGAUCCAAUGCCCUCUUCUGUAUCUGAAGACAGUGACAGAGUACACAUAUACAUAAAAUAAAUCUUAAAAAAAAAAAAAGCACCAAGAUUUAAAAAAAAAAAAAAGAAAGAAAUUUGACAGGAGUGUCAGUAACGUCUGGGCUGGGGGCUUCUUCCUAAAUGCUGUUUAUACUUUCAGAACUACUAGGUCACUUUUUCUGCUGUGAUCCCAUUCAUUCUCUUCAGGGUUUGGGGGAAGAGUGAGCAGUUUCUGAUGUCUUUAAUUAUAUUGUUUACUAUAUAGGCAGUCUCCGGGUGACUUUAUAGGUCAAAAAAGCACACAGCUUAGGAGUUGGAGGAUUUAUCAUUAUUAUUAAAAGUAAAAUUUUGGCUUUAGUUUAAAAAGAAAAUAGAGAAGGAUGCCUGUCUAAAUCUGUCUUCCUGCCUGCAGGUUUUGAAAGCCCUGUAAGCAACUGAAAGUUGCACUUCCCAUCUCUUAGAUGGCCAUGUGUCCCCUGGGAAGCCCUCAGGGGUCACUCUGAAGACCCUGAAGAGUGCAGUUUCUGAACUCUAUUCAGAUUUGUUUCAGCUUUAAAACUGGACUUUUCUUUUCAGAAUAUUUAACUAGGCUGGGGACAGAACUGAGUUGGUAAAGUGUUUACCUAGCAUACAUGAAACCCUGGGUUUAGUCUCUAGCAGGAAACAAGCUGGGCGUGGGGCUCAGACCUUUAAUACUAACACUUGGGAAAUAGAGACAGGAGCCUUAGAAAUUCAAGGUCACACAUGGUAAGUUCAAGACUAGCCUGGGAUAUAUGAAAUAGUGUCUCAAAAAAAUGCUGUGUAGGACAAGCUUUGGGUCUCUUAUAGACUUUCUGUUAAUACAUAGGAAUUUUUAUUACACUUAUUUAUCCAUGAGUGUGUGUGUGUGUGUGUGUGUGUGUGUGUGUGUGUGUAAUGGAGAGCUUGCUAUGGUAUGUGUGGAGGUCAGAGAACAACCGGCAGGAGUCUGUUCUCUCCUUCCACCCAUGGGUCCUGGGGACUGAACUCAGGUUGUCAGGCUUGGUGACAAAGCACCCUCAUCCCCAGCCCUACACGCUUCAGUCUUCAGACUGAAACCGUUACUUGAACCUAGAAAGCCACAUCUCAUCCCUGUUGUGCCCUUUAGGUCAUUUCUCUUGUCCAGAGAUGGGCGGACCAAUUCAGGACACGGGAUGCGCCCUAGAGAGUAGAGGCAGGCUCCCUCAGGACCUGGCUUUGCACUCCUCACAGCCGUUGUUGUAUUAAAGAUCGUGUGAGCACCAUGCUUCCAAACUCAGAUUUCCUUCUUGAGACAGAGCUUAUUUAAAACAUUUUGGGGUGGAUUCCACAAGCUUUGCUGUUUUUCCUGGUCUUCCAAUUGCUGUCGUUGCUAGCAGCUGUGUCACUGGUAGCCCUGGUCUGUAUCAUUUUAGCUGGGUGAGACACAUGCAAGAUACUGAUAUGUGAACAGGCGGUGCAAUGAAAUUCCUCCUCAGGCUGACUUGAUGGUAGCUAUCUUUUCUCUAGCCAUUCAUUAAAUAAACAUCUGUUGAGUACUGUCUAUGUA